AUCCAACGUCAAACAAAGGCCUGGUCUUUCCAAGCCCACUUUCCCUUUCCCUUCCAGUCCCACUUCGUCCUCUCUCUCUCUCUCUCUCUCUCUCUCUCUCCUGGGGGGCGCUUGGAGUGAGGGAGAAGGAGAAAGAAGGACAGAAGGAGAAGGAGAAGGAGAAGGAGAAGGAGAGAAGGGAAAGGAGAAUGGACGAUCUGUCUUCGUUGUUGAUGCUUUCCAACCUCCUCCACCUCCAAACCUACCUCGAUCCCACCACCUCCUCCCCCCCUUCGCCCUCUUCCUUCCCCUCCACCUCCUCUGCCGCUGCUCCUCUCCUCUUCUUCGCCAUCGCCUCCGUCCUCUCCUACGCCUCCUCCUCCCUCCGUGAUCGCCGCCCUCGCCGUCGCCGCCGCUGCCACAGCUCCUCCUCCCUUUCACCGCCGCCCCGCCCUUCCCGUUCUCUCGCCUCCGCCUCCUCAGCCUUCUUCCUUUCCCCCGAUCGCGCUCUCUCCAUGGAUCCGUCUUCCCGUGACACCCGCUUCCGAUCCUUGUACGGGAUCUCCUACCCCAUCUUCGAAACCCUCCUCAAGAGCCUCCGCCACCUUGACGCCGCUUCGCUCCCCUCUUCUCUCCCACUCGACCGCGCUCUCUCCAUCUCCCUCUCCCGCCUCUCCCGAGGCCUCUCCUCACGCUCCCUAGCCAGAUCCCUCGGCGUUUCCCCCAGCAUCGUCUCCCGCUGCACUCACGCCCUCACCCGCCUUCUCUCCACACGUCUAUACCCCCACUACGUCACCCUUCCGACCACCCCCGACCACCUCCUCUCCACCAUUCAGUUCUUCAAGGAUCUCACUGGCCUGCCUAACCUUGCUGCCGCCAUCGCAUCCUCCCCCGUCCGCCUCCGCCCCUCGUCACCUUCCGAUUCGGCUGCCGAGUAUGGUGCCGAUCUCCUCCGAUCGACGAGUCGUUCCUUCCCCUCCAUCCUCCUCCAGGCCGUUUCCGACCACCGCAAGAUCUUCUUGGACGCCUGUGUUCGGGCACCCGGUUCCUCGGAUCCCGCCUCCCACUUCCGCGAGAGCAGCUUGUACCACCGCCUCCUCGACGAGGACAACCCCCUCCCCUUUCGGGACAAUAUCAUCACCGUCCGUGGUCAACGUGCCCGCUCUUACCUCAUUGGUGACUCGUCCUACCCGCUCCUACCCUUCCUACUCACCCCCUUUUCUACGCCGGCGUCUUCAGUGUCAUCGGCCAGUAGUUCAGGUGCAUACGCACGAGAGAUGUUUGAUUCUGCUGUUGCUAAAGGUAGGGCGGCGUCAGUGGAGGCAGCGAUUGCAUUGCUGAAGGGAAGAUGGAAGAUUCUCCGGAAUCUCAAUGUGGGGCUUGAUCAUGCUGCUCAAACGGUUGUUGCGUGUGUGGUUCUCCACAACAUGUGUCAGUUCGCAAAGGAGCCAGAGGAUGAGGGGAGGUACAUGUGGCGGGAUCCGCCAGAGAGUUCACAAUCGGCUAGCCUGGUGGAUAGCGAGAGAUCUCUAUCCUACUUGGGUAAGACCCUACGGCAGGCGUUGGCGGAUGAUCUCUAUGAGCGACAGCAUAAGCAUAGCUCAGGGGCAAGAUGAGCGAUUUUCAGGAAACUCAUGGGUGAUCUGAUAAUUAAGUUGACGCCUUUGGUCAGGGAUUCAUCAAAGCCCAAUUGUAUGGAUGCCCUAAUCUUUAGCAUCAAAAGCCCAAUAUGCCUGAAACACCAGCUUAGCCACUUGAAUUUGUGAAGGCUACUUUUCCUGCAACUGAAGAAUGAAUGAUCUGACUUAAGAAUCCGUUGCUGCAGUCUGUGCCAGUGUGGGUUUCCCAGUGCCAAAUAUUAGUGAUAGGGCAAUUUUAUUGGAUUUAUAUAACUAACAAUUUCCCAUGGGAAUAUCUUAUCUGGCUUUGCUAGCUACCGUCUGACAGCCGUAAGACAUAAAAGCCAUGCAGUCUUAGCAUUGAAGAAAUCAGAAAGAAGUUGGCAGAACUCAACUAGUAGCAAGACAAGGGGAUCAAUUUGUUUUUUUGUUUUCAAUAGUGAUUAUUGGGAAACAAAUUGUUGUUAACGGUUGACUGACUUGAAUUUGUAGUUCCCUUGCCACAUUGAUGCUCACAUUAUUGGAUAAUUGCAACUUGCAGUUGCAGGGAUGGACUCUUUUAGUCUUAAAUGAUAUAAUGUGAGUUGAUGUGUGGUAUGAGAUAGUACCAGAGUUCUUCCAUGGAAAGGGUAAGUGAAUGACUGAAUGGGCUGUUAGAUUGUGGAUAUAAAUUUUUGCAAGAUUUUUAAA